CACCUCUUCCUUCGCACCACCAGGGUCACAACCAUCCUUCCUCCCCAUCCUUCAGUCUCUUCUAUAUAGCAUCACACAUCCACUAUACCAGCAGCGACAAACACCACCUGCAUCGCCUCACUUCUCAGCGAUCUCCUCCACUUGCCAGGAACCUCUUCGGCCACUUUCCCGGAGCUUGCUUCGAGCAAUCCACCCUACCUCGACCAGCUGGCGAGGUGACACAGGCUCACAGGGACAUCUACCAACAGCUUCGGGUUUAUAACGGGAGGCUCCAGACUUAUCUCUGGGCCCCCGACUCUUCUGUCCCCGUUUCUUCUGAUCGAGGAUGACUGCAGUACAAGAUCGCGUCUGGGGUCUCCACGAGUUCGUGGCAGAGAACCCGGAUGAAGUCUCUUUCAAGGUGGGAGAGGUGGUCAUGAUCGUCGAGCGUGACGAUCAGUACGGUGAUGGAUGGUGGCAGGGUACCAACGAAAGGGGCGAAACGGGUCUCUUUCCCUUUUCAUAUACCACACUAGACCGAGAGCUAGCCAUGAACUCCAAGGCGCUUGCAAUGAGUGCCGGAGACGGAGGACUCGAGGCCCAAGUCAAGCCAGAACAGCAGCAGACUCAGCAGCAACAGCAGCCAGGCGUGAUGAAGACAACCAUGGCUGACGUCGAUGCGGCUCUGACUGAGCUACAAGGCGGACGUGGAGGAGGUACGGAUGGUACUUCCGGAGCUGCCGCUCCUGGUCGCGGUGUUCGCGAAUCAUUCCAGUCUGAACGCACCGCUGAUCUAUCGGUGGACGACCAUACGGACGGCGGAGACGGCGAUGGCCGGGUGGAGGAUGAAUACCAAUCUCGGGCCAACGCUCGAGCAGCUCUGGCCGCCAAUGCCAAAGCAAAUGCCGCCUCUCAGAUGGAAAAGGAACGCGCCGAGCAGGAGCGCAUGAGAGCUCAGGCCCAGAAGAUGUUCGAGGAGGAAGAAGCUCGACAACGUGAGAUGCUACUCAAGAAGGAGGCAGAGAGAAAGGAAGCAGCAGCAAAAGGGGAGCUGAACCUGGCGAGCGCUAACGCCUCGAAACCAGCUCCUAUCGAAGGAGUGGACAUGAGCGAUGACAGUGACUCAGAGGGCAGCGUCAAUGGCCUAGAUGCCUACCCACAAGCGGCGGCUAAAACACAUAGCCCCCUCUUCGGCGGUCAAGACCGCGCCACGUUUGCUGGUCCUCAGCCUGCUUCUAGCCAGCAGUCCAGCUAUCCUGCGCAAGACCAGUCUGCAUCUCAAACACCGAAGUUCACAUCUCCCUUCAUGCCCUCCUCUGGCACCUUCCAAAGUCAAGGGGGCCCUGUAUCGUCCAGCCUCGAUGACGGACCUAGCCCUAGCACGAUUCCCCCCGUGCAUGACACGAAGCGAGCCUCUACAAAUUCGCACUCUCGGUCUGUGUCUGGCCUCAGUCCUGUCAGCGAAUACGAGGCACCUCCUUACCCAAAGAACUUUUCAGCAAUCGGUAGCAAAGAAAAGUCCGACACGGCUCGCAGCCCUCCUGCUAUGGCUUCACAGUACGAGGCGCCUCCUUAUCCCAAGUCCCCGGGAACCGGUGAGGAGCGUCAAGAAGGUUCUUCUGCCACUGCUUCGGGUGGAUUUAGGGGUUCUGGAGGUGCGGCAGCGCCUUAUUCCGCGCCCGGACCACCGGGCUCUCCAUUGAGCUCUCAUCGAGCGGCAGGUGAUCGCUCCCUGGACCAACGGUACUCCGCUGGCUCUGCUGCCCCGGCUCUCAGUUCCAACCACUUCGACUCGACUUCCGGAUUUGGCUCCGGCACGCAGACCGCUGCUACAUCUGUUGCAGGCAGCCGAGACACGCCCAAGAGUGUAGUUGCACCUGCUGCUACUGGCAGCCCUGUCCCUUCCUUCGGAGCUUCUCGACAGAACCAACAGGGGGGAGACCCAAAUGAUUGGGGCGUGGAACAAGUAGUGGAGUGGGCGCGAUCGAAAGGCUGGGACGAGGCAAGCGUGGUGAGCAAGUUCCAGGAGCACGAGAUCUCCGGUGACGUCUUACUCGAGAUGGACAUCAACAUUCUGAAAGAGAUCGACAUCUCAGCCUUUGGGAAGCGAUUCCAGGUCGCAAAUGCCAUCAAGGAGCUCAAGGGCAGUAGCGCAAGACCUUUGAGCCAAGGUGUUGCACUCUCGAGUCCUGGGGCGCCACCUUCUGGAUACGGGUAUGCUCCUUCCUCUCACUCGGCACGAACAACCAGUGACAAUCACGCUAGAAGAAGCCAAGACUCGCAACCUCCUAAUCAAACACCUGCAUACCCAGUUGGCCAAGGGGCACCUUCAGGUUUUGGUGGCCCAUUUGGAAGCUGGACGAAUGGAGCCCCGAGCGGCAUUGGCAUGGGACCAUCUCCUUCACAGGACCCCUCCGUCCCCAGCGAUUCAUCUGGAACUAACCGGAUUGUGAGCUUCGAUCGCAACACCUAUCCAAACAACUUCUCCAGCACCGUCGGCAGUAGCCCCAACCCCAACUCGUACGAUGGCUCUCGCUCGACUAUGCCCCGGUCGCGUGAAACCACUGGAACCUCGGGUGCUGUCCCAUCGUCUCCCUCGACGGAUCAGCAGGCAUCUGGCGGCGUCUCUUCGCCCGGACCCACUCGGGGAAAGACUCUGUCUGAGCUUGCAGACGAGGCUCUGAUUAGCCGCAAGUCUGUGAGUGGUCCUAGUGCUGCAACUGGAGCAUCUUCUCCUACCACUGGUUCUCCAGCAAGGAAGCGUGACUCUGGAGGCGCCAAGCAGCCUGGUUCUGGAGAGCGAGCUUCGUUCUUUGGCAGGAUGAAGCGUGGGCCGGGGUCGAGCGCUACCACCGGGUCCUCUGCUGCAAAUAAGGGCGGCAAAAUCUCUCACAGCGACCUCAAGAACCAAAUCUCCCUACCCACCAGCAGUCCGACCUACGACAGCGUUGGUGAUACGGCUCGUCGGGGGAUGAUCGCGCAGGGCAAUGGUGCCUCUGGCGGCAAAGAUGCGGCUGGCAGGUCUGACCUUACUGGCUCAAAUUUCAAUGCUUCGGUAGGUGAGGGUGAGGGACCUGUCAUGGGUCGCAUCAGACCUGUCGAUUUGGAAGGGUGGAUGAAGAAGAAGGGCGAAAGGUACAACAGCUGGAAGCCACGCUACCUCGCCCUCAGGGGCAGUGAUCUGGUCAUCCUGCGAGACCCCUCAGCUCCUAAGAUUAAAGGCUACGUCUCGAUGAAGGGCUACAAGGUCAUUGCUGACGAGAACACCAAUCCUGGAAAGUAUGGCUUCAAGAUCCUGCACGAGACGGAGAAACCGCACUACUUCUCCUCUGAUGAUCCUAUUGUAGUCAGGGAUUGGAUGAAGGGAUUGAUGAAGGCUACUAUUGGCAGAGACCACAGCUUCCCUGUCAUCUCUUCCUACAACAACGCCACGAUCUCCCUAGUCGAUGCGCAGAAGAUGAACCCACCGCCACGACCUCCCUCGCCUAUGUCUCGGGCUCGUACGCAGAAGGCAAAGGUGAGGGACAACACUACCGAGCUCACGGCAAAGGAUGCCGCUGUCCUAUCUAGUAUGCCUGCCGGCGGCCCAGGAUCUAAAGGCAUGUGAGGAUCGUACGAAUGUGUUCUGCAAGCGUGCCGUGGUCUGCUCCUUGCAAUCUUUCUUCAUUUCUUCCUUCAUCCA